GCACAUCUUAAAAAAAUGUUUAUUCAAUAAUUAAAUUCAUUAUUGAAUGAAAAACAAUAUCUAAUAUGAAGUCAAUGUUAUUUUUAUAUAGAGUUUAAUGAUUUUAAAAUAUGUUUACAGAUCAUGGCGAAAAGUCGAGCCGAAAUACAGAAAGCUUACAGAGAACGAAAAAAGCAGAAAGAGGGAGAAUCGUAUUUAAUAAUAGAACGACAAAGGAGAAUGCAGUAUUAUAAACCCAGCAGCGAAUUGACUCGAACCGAAAGAAUAAAAAGAAACAAAAAGAACAAAGAAACACUGCGCAAGUGGCGUCAAGAGAAAAAAGAAGAGAAGAUACAACAAGAUCAGGGACAUGACUAUGAAGAUGAAAGCGAGAUAUUAAAUGCUUCUACAAGUGGCAAUGAAAGUAACUCUACUAUUCUAAAAGUAUGCAUGAACUUUAAUAGAAGAAAAAAUGCAUCUAGGGUCCGUGUUAGCAGGGCACUUUCAAAAGCUCACAGACAGAUGAAUUCACUUAGAGUAGAAAAUGUCAAACUAACUAAGAGAACAAAAACCCUUCAAAAAAGUUUAGAAAGAUUAAGAAAGAAAGUACUCCCAAAUUCACCAAGAAGUAAAGCCAAUCAGCCAAUAAAGGAGAUAGGACUCUCAAAAUAACAAUCAAAUAAAGUAAGAAAACAUUUAAUACUUGGAAAUGCUGUCAUCGAUGAGGUUCGCGCUGCUCAUCAGGAAAUAAGAGGAAAUCGAAGAGGCGAAGUUCAGACAUUGGGAAACAUUGUGUCAGGAAAAUUUGUAAAAAAAUAUAGAGCAAAGAAAUGGCUAAGUGGAGUAACUGGUAUCGGGCGAAGAAGUCUAACGUGCCUUGAUGGAAAGAAAUUCCAAGCUAAAAAGGUUUACACAAGGAAGCGAACACGAAUGCUAUAUGAAAAAGAGGUGCACGACUUCUUAGAACGCGAUAGCAGAUGUAAGAAAGUCGGAGAAUAUCAAAAGGCAGACAAGAAUACUGACGGACUAUAUGACAAACCUGCACCCGAAAUUUAUUGCAGAAUGCCCCACAAUCAAAUUGUCAAGAGCCACAUUCUGUCGCAUGCGCCCAAUUCAUAUCCUUACAACUAGUUUUAUCAGUAGAAGUACGUGUUUGUGCACAAAACACCAAAACAUGGCUCUGUUGCUUAAAGCUUUACGGAAACAAGAUCUAGAGGUACCGGCAAACCCAGAAACAUUUGCAAAGGAAGGAAUAGCUGAAGAAAUGCUACAAAACAAGUUGCCCGAUCAUGUUGUAUUUUCGCAGUGGAAGAAAAUACAAAUAAUUGAAAAAGAGAAGAAAAAAUUUGUUACCCGUAUUAUAGAAAGUGAAAAAGAGAAAGAGGAAUUCAUCGAAUACUUUAUGAAUCAAGCAGAGGAAUUCAGGGGUCAUGUUGAAAGAGUCCGUAAGCAGUAUGAAGAAAUCAAGAAGCUGAAAGAGAACUUGCCACCUAAUCAUUUAUUAGUGCAGAUGGACUUUGCUGAAAAUUAUUCCUGCAAAAGUGUGGAAGAAAUACAAUCUGCUUAUUGGAAUCAAACUGGUGUGACACUUCACCCUGCUGUAGCAUAUUUCAAGGACGACAAAGGGGAUACGCAGCAUAAAAGUUUCGUUGUUGUAUCUGAUGAGAUGUCUCAUUCCUCAAGUACUGUGCAUGCUAUCCUAGAGAAACUGAUUCCAGAAAUGAAGACUUUGAUAUCAAGUAUAGAAUUUAUCCGUUAUUGGACAGAUUGACCGACAAGUCAAUACAGGAAUCGACAAAUCUUUUUUACUAUAGCCAAUCACAUGGAAAUGUUUGGAAUGAGAGCCAGGUGGAACUAUUUUGAAGUAGGCCAUGGGAAAGGUCCAUGUGAUGGACUGGGUGGAACAACAAAAAGGAUGGCAGAUGAAGCAGUGAGAUGUCAAAAGACAGUGAUUCAGGAUGCUAAUGAUUUCUAUAAAUGGGCUUGCACCUCCAACAUGAAAGGCGUACUGUUUCUUUUUGUUUCAAGUGAAGAAUGCAACCGAAUGGAAGAAUUGUUAAAAUCAAGAGAAGUAAAGCCAGUAAAGGGUACAUUUAAGUUGCACGCCGUUGCUGAUGCUGGAAAAUCAGCUCUGUUUAUAAGAGACACGAGCUGCUAUUGCAAUGUCUGUUUAGGAGGCAAUGUAUGUAAGGGAUGGAGAAAAGAGAUCCUACAGAAAAGCACAGUUCAGAAUGUAGAUGAAAGUAGUUCUAACCAUAUGACAGCGCUGAAAGGAAAAUAUGUAGCAGCUAGAUACUUGGAGAAGUGCUAUAUUGGAAAGGUCACCGAUGAAGAUGACAAUGAAUUUGAAAUUUCAUUUAUGGAAACAAAAAAAGAAAAAUUUCAGUGGCCAAAGAAGAAAGACAUUCUUUGGAUCCCCUCCAAGGAUGUCUUGUUCGUUGUUGCUGAACCUAUGCCAAUAGGGAGAAGCGGGAGAAUGUUUGAAUUGCAACAGCAAGACAAAGAGAAGUUUGGUGUCUUUCUGAGUUAAAUUUAAAAAUUGUGACGUGACACUGGCUUGAGUUUAUGAGUUAAACUUGUUUCUUAUUAUUCCUAUUAAACACCAAACAAAUUUCAAAUCUAAUUGUUGAUUUAUUGAUAUUUUUUUAUUCAUAACUACUAUUUUGAAAUGUGCGUUACCACAUGCAAUCCGUUCGAAUUAAUUAUAUUAAAUGUCAGCUAUGACUUGCAAAGCAGUUGUGAUACUUCAAAACAUUGCAAAUUAGAAAACAUGGACAUGAAAAAGCUGAAAUUUCUUGAUUUAUUCCAACUACGAUAGAUUGUGAAAUGUACGUUACAAUUAUAUAACAUAUUGAAAUUGUCCCUAAACAUAUGAAACGCAUAUAACUGGCAAAAAAAUUUAAAUGAUACAUGUACAUAUUUAGUUGCAAUAUCCAUUCAAAACAAAAUAAUUCAAACUUCAUCACCAAACAAAAUGGUGAUAAGAAAAAUAAGAAGCCUUUUAAACAUUUUUUUUGUUAACUUAGAUCAUAAAAUACACAUUGUUUUAUAAAUAAAAAAACUAGAUGGUAGUUUUCAUGUUUGCAAAGAAUUAUUUGUUGAUUUAGUUGGAUGUAUGCUUUGUUAACACAACAAAAGUCUUAAAUUGUACCUGAAUUAUAUUAUUGUCUUACCUGUAGAAUUCUUUUGAUGAUUACAGUAGUAGUAACGUACAUUUCCUCUACGGUAUUUUGAAAAAAAUACACUCUUUUCAAUUUAUUCCCGAGAAUUCAAAUAUCAAUAUUUGAUAAAAAGAAAACAUGGCACAACAUCUUCAAAUACUUUGUUUUAAAUAAAUCUUAUAAUAAAUGUAUAAUCUUUCAGUGAUUUUUUCUAAAAAUGAAAGAAGCUAUUGUGCCUUAAUAUUGAGAACGGGUGAUAAAUUCAUCAAUAGCAUAAAAGUGGGAUCUGUAUAUCACCCUUGCAGUUUUUGUAUAGAUUGUUUUGGCCACAGAGGUACUGGUAAAUGCAAAGAGAUCUAAAAGAUUAAUUAAAUGACAAAGAAUGUUUGUGUCAUAUUGAAUACCACUUUAUCAGUAUUACCGGUAAUUAAGAUGAUAAAAUGGCAUUAAACAUGGACAAAAGCAGUUUGAUGAACAAUUCUUCAUAUACGGGUAUAUCGAUUUGAACUUGUUCAAAGUAUGAAGCUGAAGGCAAAUUUAACCUUGAAAUAUAAACAGUGUACAAAUGUAAUUGAUUCAUUUUCAGUAAUUAGCACAAAGAAAACACAUUACUUAGAAAUUCAAUUGGUAACUAGCAUAUUAUGAUUUAUGAAUACCAAUACUUUUACUGUAUGUGUUAAU